AUGAGAAAAUCCCAGCCACUAGAAGCAAAUCUCCCAUUAAAUCGGUUUUUCAGAUAUUUUUCAUCGGCCAACGAUGAAUCAAAGUCGAGAUGUGAAGAUGAGUGCGAAGAGGUGAGUCGUUUCCCUCGAUUGUUUCUGAAUCUGUAUUUUUCAUCGGCCAACGAUGAAUCAAAGUCGAGAUGUGAAGAUGAGUGCGAAGAGGUCUAUUAUUCCUUCUUUACCUAUGGAAAAUGUGUAGGAGAUAUCUUUGGUAAACUUCCCAGGGAUCAACAACCAGCAUGUAACCUUCGCUGCGGGGUUCGACCACGUAUUUGGACGACCGUCGGAUUGUUUUGUGUGUUUGCCGCUGCAUUGGCAACACUUCUAUUCACAAUUCCAAUGUGUAUCGCCACCUGUGCGUCAUGUCUUCAUGCUAAAAAGGCUAACAAGAACGCUAAGCGAGUAAUGAUGGAGCAACAAGCACAACCGAGUAAGGAUCAACAAGUGGCAACGAUGGGCUACAAUCCAUACGCCUAUUGGCCGUACUAUGGACGGGCCUAG